AUGCAGAACAGAGGAAAUUUCUGGGUGCGAUUAAACGUUACAUCAACUCACGAAAAAGCAAACAGAGCGCACGGACCAAAAAGAGUGGAAAAAACUCGAAAUAAAUAUUUUGUGAUCGAAUCCUGCCGAGAGGAAUCAAAGAAUCUGCUGAGAUCCUAUGUCACCCCUUUGUGAAACUAUUCAGUUUUAUCGUAGAUUGCUCAAGAAUUCCUCAGAAAUGGAAACUGGGAAAUCUCUCCUGUUUUCAAAAGACUGUUGCCUCAACAAAACAAAUUACGGACCCCUAAGUAUAUUGCCGUCCCUUUCUGAAGUGUUUAAAACUUAA